AUGAUGCCUGCAGCCAGACCGUCCGAGGCGAGCCACAGCCCGGGCCACUAUCUCUCAGACGCAAAGCUCUACCGGGAGCUGUUCGAGUCAACUGAGCACUCUGCCCCAGAGCCCUUCGCAGCCCCGACCGCCACCAUGUAUCAUCCAGCAACACCACCUCCGCCAACACAAGCCGAAGCCGGCUUGCCAACACUAGAAACAAUCCGAAACUCACUGGCCACCCACGGACCACAACCAGAUCUCGACCAACAAAUCCACGGUCUUCCAGUACCCGACUCACCACCCGUCCGACGGCCCAACCUGAGGAAGCGUAAACGGGCCGCACCAAAAUCGGAACCUGCGCCAAAGCCGGAACCCCAACCUUCCAGCGCACGAAAAACAAGAGGGCCUCAUCAUUCAGAGUACAACGCCUGCGCUCACCUGGCCCGCCAACAGCGAGACAAACAGCUCAAACGCAUCCACGAGUGCUGGGGCGGCGCCGACCCCAAGCGCUGGCUGCCCGCCGCUCUGAUCCCCUUCAAGUUCGUCGAGCCAGGAAGCUCCAAGACGCAGCCGCUGGAGCUGAAGGACUGGGCGACGCCGGCUUUGAGGGACCUUGCGUAUAUUUCUGGGUUGACAAAGGGAGAGCCGGAGCAGGCGUAUGCGUUGUUUGAGGAUGCGAGACAGAGGAGGGCGAAGAGGGAUCAGGGGAAGCAACUGCUCUACUCCGAUAUUGAGUACGUGACUGAGAUGUGUGAGCAGGGGACUCCUGCGUCUCGGUCGUCUGCGCCUCCAUCGUCUGCAGCUGAAGAUGGAGCUGCGGACGAGGGGCAAGAUACUGAUGUCACGCCACCCGUUGCGAAGAGAAGGACAGGCCUGCGGACAAGAGCAACGAUAGUGCGGAGAACUGCCGAUCCGCAGCCCUUGGACGACCACCGUGCAAUCAAGGAAGAAGGGCGAGCAGCCACCGCCUCACCUUACGACUUCCAGGCCGGCGGACCCGGGACACGACGUAAUUACCACGAUGAUCUACAGGAGCUGGCAGAAUGUAAAUUGGCAUGGGAAGUGAAGAAAGCGGAGCAUCGCUACCUGCAGAAGAAGAGGGAGGUGAAGGAUAGUAUGCAGGAGAGCGGGAGUGGUGUCGGGAAUGCUAUAGAGUUGUGA